CGGGUGUCCCGCGGCUGUUGGGGCGUCCGUCUGUCCUGCUGCAGCCGCUGCGAGCAACGGGGUCCGCCUGUCCGUCAGCCGGGGUCCAUCCAACCACCCUGACACCAUGUACACCACACUCCCCACAAGCGGUUCCCCCUUCGGCCCCGCCGCCGCCCGCCCGGGGCUGCACGUCUGGCGGGUGGAGAAGCUGCGGCCGGUGGAGGUCCCGGAGCGGACCUGGGGCGUGUUCUUCUCUGGGGACGCGUACCUGGUGCUGCACAACGGCCCGGAGGAGCGGGCGCACCUGCACCUCUGGAUGGGCCGGGACUCCUCGCAGGACGAGCAGGGGGCCUGCGCGCUCCUGUCCACGCAGCUGAACGCGCUGCUGGGCGAGCGCCCCGUCACCCACCGCGAGGUGCAGGGCAACGAGUCCGACCUCUUCAUGCAGUACUUCCCGCACGGCGUCACCUACCAGGAUGGUGGCGUGGCCUCCGCAUUCAAGCCCCCGCGCCCCAGCACCAGCCCCGGGCACAGGCUCUACCAGGUGAAGGGCAGGAGGAACAUCCGGGCGAGCGAGAGGGACCUGGCCUGGAGCAGCUUCAACACCGGCGACUGCUUCAUCCUUGACCUGGGCGAGACGCUCUUGGUCUGGUGCGGCAGCGGGUGCAACGCGCUGGAGCGCAGCCGGGCGCAGGAGCUGGCCGCAGCCAUCCGGGACAGCGAGCGGCGCGGCAGAGCUCGCCUGGAGAUCGUGGCCGAUGGCGAGGAGCCACCGGAGAUGCUCCAGGUGCUGGGCCCCAAACCCACCUUGCCGGAGGGCAGCCCCGAGGAGGAUGCCGUGGCCGACCAGAGCAAUGCACGGGCAGCUGUCCUCUACAAGGUGUCAGAUGCAACGGGGCACAUGGACCUGACCCAAGUGGCUGCGAGCAGCCCCUUCAGCCAGAGCCUGCUCUGCUCCGACGACUGCUUCGUGCUGGACAACGGUGCCGGUGGGAAGGUCUAUGUCUGGAAAGGGCGCAAGGCCAACGAGCAGGAGCGCCAGGCAGCCCUGAGGGUGGCCGAGGAGGUGAUCACCCGCAUGGGCCAUUCGCCCCGCACACAGGUGGAAAUCCUGCCCCAGGGCCACGAGACGCCGCUCUUCAAGCAAUUCUUCACCAGCUGGAAGUGAGGGAACAGGAGCCCACAGGAUCAGUGCCCAGCCCGCAGCCUCGCCAGGCUUGUGCCCGUGUGCCAGCUCCAUGCCACUGCCUGCACCCUGCCCCGCCAUCCCCACCCCUUUCCCCAUCCACAUCCCAUCCCCGUGUCAUCCUCGUCCCUUUGCCCAUCCCAUCCCUGUGCCAUCCCCAUGCCUUUGCCCACCCGCUGCCCACAGCAUUCCCUUCCCCAACCCCACACCAUUCCCAGCCUGUGCUCUGCCCAUGGUAACCCUGUGCCAACACCAGCUCCCCACUGUCACCGCUGCUGCACCCACACGGCCUCAACACCUUCCUGCCCUGUGCCCACACCGUGCACCCCUGUGCCCCGUUACCCCAACGUCCCUGCUGUCCCCAUGCUCUCGCUGUCCCCAUCCCAACGCAUCUCCCCAGCCCUGCACCCAGACCCUGGUGAAUAAAGGGAUGGGGCCAA